CAGGUCACUGUUGCAGAGGCGCAUUUGUGUGAGCGGCCGUAGUGCGGGACGGAGGAGCACAGCACAAGGGAGAGGAUUACUACUGCUUUGAGGACCCUUGGGCUGAUUAGAGUAUUUACAAGAGCUUUGCAAUUGAUUUAACCUAUUCUUUCAUUAAGGAGAACAACCAAAAGGAUUAAGAAAAGCUGAGCACAAUCUAACUGACCAUGGGAGUUCUGGAGACACAUCUCAUUCUUGGGAUUGUCUUACUAGGAGUGUUUUCAGAUAAGAUUACACAUCAGAACUUACACACAGAUGCGGAUGAACUAAAGGACUUCAGCAUUGAGCUAAGAGCCACUGUGGAGGAUUUGAAAGAGGGGGAUGCGUUCAAUCUCACCUGUGAAACUCCACCUGGACAUGCUUUCCGCCAACAAUGGCUGCAUCCCCAAAAACAGGCCAGAGAGGCUAUUCCAAUGAAAUUAACUUUCCCGGACAAGGUUCAGUACAUCCUCAGCAUCCCAAAAGCCUCUUUGGCAGACUCUGGACACUAUGAGUGUGCUGUAACUGAACAAAUCAUUGGACGUACCAAGUCUGCCAGCCUGAGUAUCACAGUCCACAAGAGUGAUUUUGUGGAAGUUAUAUCUAAUGGUAUUGAGCCAGUGGAGAUUGUCUCUCUUCUGGAAGACAAAGAGUUCACCAUUUACAUUGAUUCUGACCCUGAACCUAAGGUCAGUUGGUUCAAAGAUGGCCUUCCAUUGGAUGAAAGUUUUAUCUCCACCAAGACCACUCAUCUGCAAGGCCUCAGGUAUGAGAAUAUCUUUGUUCUCCAACACCCCAUUGAGGAGGACAGCGGCAUCUAUGAGAUUGUUGCAUCUGCUGGCUCCAGGAGUUCAAGAUUUUCAUUUAAACUCUUGGUUGAAGCCGUGUACCAAGUGUCACCACUAAUGGUGCUGGCUCCAGUGAUGUGGCCCCAGAGGGAGAGCAUGGAAGUGUCUCUCCACUCCAUUUUCCGACUCACAUGUCGGGGUCAGGAAGAGCUCUCCUGGCAGGGCCCCAUCUAUCUUCAUGAUCAGACCUACACUCAAAAAAAAGGACUAUUCAUAUCCACUGUGACUGUUGACAAUGCAACAGCUGCCCACACUGGAGAGUACACCUGCUUCUACGAGGCCAGUAAUAACACUGAUGGGAGCACCAUCUACAUAUAUGUUCCAGAUCCAAAAACACCGUUUGCACCUUCCAUGACUGCCUUUGACAACCAUGUGCUGUCAAGUCAUGAGGAAAUGGAAAUCCCAUGCCGUGUGACAGACCCCAGCACCAGUGUCUCUCUGGUUCACAUUGAGACGGAUCAGGUUUUACCCAGCAUCUAUGACAGCAAGAGAGGUUUUGUUGGCCUCUUCGUUGCUGGGACAUACGUCUGCAAAGCCCUCAUUGGUGGACAGGAGCACGAUAGUAUAGAGUACAUUGUUCAUGGCUGGACAGGAGGCUCUGAGCUGAGAGUUGAGCUACGGGCAGAGAAGAGGGCUCUGUUGGUGGGUGAGACCAUCACUGUGGACUGUGUGGCUAGAGGCAGUGAGAUGCUGGAUGACCACUGGAAGUACCCUGGAAAACUGGCGAAUCGAGGCGUAAAGACAGUAAAGGAGAAUAAGAAAGAUCUGGAGAUCUUUUAUACUCUCAAAUUGUCUAAUGCCUCAGCAAAAGACAGUGGUAUCUACACCUGCUCCAUCACUGACAUUAUGAGCAAUGAGAGCCAAACCAAACAGCUCACUAUUACAGUCUAUGAUCAUGAGUUUGUGCACCUGAAUCCAGAGUUUGGUGCAAUGGAGACUGCUAUGCUCGAUGAAGUUCGUGAGUUCAGGGUGGACAUAGAGUCUUUCCCCGCCCCAAAAGUUACAUGGUUAAAGGACGGUUCCAUCCUUGGAGACGUCGCUGCAGAAAUAAACACCAAUCUUCUGACAAUCAGUGAGACCAGUUACCAGGGUGUGUUGACCCUGAUCAGGGCUAAAGCAGAGGACAGUGGGAAUUAUACCAUCAGAGCAGAAAUAGAUGACCUGACUACCAGCAACAGCUUCUACCUUCAGGUGAAAGUUCCGCCUGUUAUUGUGGAGCUGAUGGAUCUCCACCAUGGUUCUGCUGCUGGCCAGGCAGUGGUGUGUACUGCUGGGGGUUUCCCCAUCCCUGUUGUGGAGUGGUAUAUUUGCAAAAACAUUAAACACUGUGCCAACGAUUCCUCCCCGUGGUUGCCUCUUCAGACCAACUCUACAGACAUUUCGGUGGAAUUACGUAUCAUUGAGGACAACCACAUUGAGAGCCAGGUCGUCUUCGGCCAUCUUAAGAGCACGAUUGCUGUGCGUUGUCUGGCCAGGAAUGACAUGGGCAUUGUUUCACGGGAAGUUAAACUAGUGUCAAGUGGUCCACAUUCGGAGCUCACUGUGGCUGCUGCUGUUCUGGUGCUGCUGGUCAUUGUCAUCAUCUCACUCAUUGUGCUGGUCAUUAUCUGGAAACAGAAACCACGUUAUGAGAUCAGAUGGCGUGUCAUUGAGUCUGUCAGUCCUGACGGUCAUGAGUACAUCUAUGUGGAUCCCAUGCAGCUUCCAUAUGACUCCCGAUGGGAGUUCCCCCGGGAUGGCCUUGUUCUAGGUCGUGUCCUGGGCUCUGGCGCAUUCGGGAAGGUGGUGGAGGGCACAGCUUAUGGACUGAGUCGUUCUCAGCCUGUUAAGAAAGUGGCCGUGAAAAUGCUUAAACCGACAGCGCGCUCCAGUGAGAAACAAGCUUUGAUGUCGGAACUGAAAAUUAUGACUCACCUGGGCCCUCACCUGAACAUUGUCAACCUGCUGGGAGCAUGCACCAAAUCAGGACCAAUCUACAUUAUCACAGAGUAUUGUUUCUAUGGAGACCUGGUGAACUACCUGCAUAAGAACAGAGAUGGGUUUCUCAGCCGGUACACAGAAAAGGGCAAAAAAGAUUUAGACAUCUUUGGCAUCAACCCAGCUGACGAGAGCAGCAGGAGCUAUGUCAUCCUCUCGUUCGAGGGGAAAGGCGAAUAUAUGGACAUGAAGCAAGCGGACACCAUGCAAUACGUCCCCAUGCUGGAAAUGAACGAAGCUUCAAAAUACUCUCCCAUUCAGAGAUCAGACUAUGACCACCCUCCCUCUCAUAGACAGUUUAACGAGAGUGAAGUUGAGAGUCUUCUCUCAGAUGACACCAAUGAAGGACUGACGACAAUGGACCUCCUCAGUUUCACCUAUCAGGUGGCUCGAGGGAUGGAGUUCUUGGCCUCUAAGAAUUGUGUACAUAGAGACUUGGCUGCACGCAAUGUCCUGCUGUCUCAAGGCAAGAUAGUGAAGAUAUGCGACUUUGGGUUGGCCAGAGACAUCAUGCAUGAUAAUAAUUAUGUCUCCAAAGGAAGUACCUUCCUUCCAGUGAAGUGGAUGGCUCCUGAGAGUAUUUUUGAUAAUUUGUACACUACACUAAGUGACGUCUGGUCUUAUGGGAUCUUAUUGUGGGAGAUCUUCUCUCUUGGUGGGACUCCUUAUCCGGGUAUGGUUGUGGAUUCCAGCUUCUACAACAAGAUUAAGAGUGGAUACCGAAUGACAAAACCUGAGCACGCUUCCAGUAAUGUCUAUGAACUUAUGAUGAAGUGCUGGAACAGUGAACCAGAGAAGAGACCGUCCUUCCUUGGCCUUAGUGAGACAGUGGCCUCCUUGCUACCCUCAGGAUAUAUGAGGAGCUAUGAACGUGUGAAUCAUGACUUCUUGAAGAGCGACCACCCUGCUGUGACCCGAGUGCAGUGCAUUGACAAUGAUGAUGCAUACAUGGGUGUGCUCUAUAAGAACCAGGGCAAACUGAAGGAUCGCGAGAGUGGGUUUGAUGAACAGAGACUCAGCUCUGACAGUGGCUACAUCAUUCCUCUGCCAGACCUCGACCCAUUGUCAAAUGAAGACUACAGCAAGAGGAACCGGCACAGUUCUCAGACAUCAGAGGAAAGCGCCAUAGGCACGGGCUCUAGCAGCUCCAUGACCAAGCGUGAGGGAGAGACCCUGGAAGACGUCAACUUGCUGGACGAGAUGUGCUUGGACUCAGGAGACCUGGUGGAGGACAGUUUCCUGUGAGAGAAAGAUGCAAAGAGAGGGACACCUCAUAGACAAAAGUUGGCAUUCUCCAGCAGCCUCCUAUUCAUUCCAAUUUGACUGCUCUCUCUCUCUCUCUCUCUCUCUCUCUCUCUCUCUAUCUAUCUAUCUAUCUAUCUAUCUAUCUAUCUAUCUAUCUAUCUAUCUAUCUAUCUCUCUGCAUUCUUCACUCAAUUCUUCCUCACCUCACUCUCUUGGAUCCUUCUGAAGAAAAAUACUCUUUGAUGCAUGAUUGUCAAUGAGCGUGCCAAGGUUUUGUAGAAUGGACAUCGCCCUCUAACGGUCUGGAGGAAUAGGAGCGUAGAACAGGACUUUGUGAGCACUCUUGAUGGGGCUCAGUGACUCUUAUGGAGGGGGAGUGGGGAAAUGUUUGUUUCUGUAUAUAACUUCUGUAUGUUUUUAACGUGUGUGUGUGUGUGUGUGUGUGUGUGUGUGUGUGUGUGUGUGUGUGUGGCGUGUGUGCGUGUGUGCGUGUGUGUGUGUGAGUGGUUUGUGUGGAACUUUAUUUUGAUGGGCAUUCCAAUCAGCAAUAUAAGCAAGACCAUGUCAAAGACCCAAGUUCACAACAGCUUCCUUCCAACGCAGUCCACCUGAGCUUCAAAAACCACAACAGAGUUUUAAAAAUAAGCCUUCACCAGGCCAAACAACCUGACCUCCCUCUUAGAUCAGGCCUGUUUUUUCCUCACUCCCACAAUUUUACAGGAUUCAUCCUAUGUAACUUGAGGAGCAUUGCAUCCUCUGAAAAGCACAUACCCCGGACUACAUAGAGAUUUUAUGUAACUAAUCAGAUAUCGUCAAUGUCUCAAUAAGUGUGGCCAUUUGGAUUUUAUUUUUUUACACUUUAGAUAGUAUAAAGAUGUGAAUUUUUGUGAAUAUUGUGUUGGGUGGGGAUAAAUUGUGUAGUGCUAAAUAAAGAAAUUGACAACUGUGUUUUGACUUGUGAGUCACAUUUUAAUUUGUGUGACUUCAGCCAUUAUUAGAUCCUGAUACAAAGCUAUUUAUGAAAUUAUUAUAUCAGGCCAAAGUUUUUACCUUUCUGUCCAUAGGGUAUAAAGCAUAGCUACAAUUUCACAUUAGUACACAGCUAUAUUUAUCCUGUGAAGACCCUAGUGAUUUUAGGAAGUAACAGGUCUUGAGCGGUAACCAUCCUUAAUCAAAUUGGUUGAAUAAGCUGGUAAAAUGGUUUUGUAAUAUAAUGCUGGUUAACAUUGAUUUGUUGAACUUUUUAAAAUGAAAUGGCUUAUUGCAUGGCUUAGAUUAAGAAUUGUCAUGUCAGCUUUUUGUGCUUUUACCUCAAAAGCUUACUGCAGUAAUGGUGAUAUUAAAUUCCUAUAAACACAUAAAAGAGGUCUUUUGUGAUUCAGUAACAUUACCUGCAGACUAGAAUGCUUUUGGCUUAAGUAAUAUUAAAUAUUUUAAGUAAUGUUAUACAGGCUCAGGCUCAUGUUUAAUUGUCAUUCCAUUUUUUUUUUAUUGUGUGAAUCUUAUAUAAGUAUUAAGCCGUCUGCAAAUCAUGUCCUGGCAGAAGUACCAACUCGCAGCUUUUUUAAGAUUUAUGUUUCCCCUAAUGCAAAGUAAUUGAAAACCAUAGUGGAAAUUUACAGAGAUAGUUACAGCCUACACAAGCCUACAUUUCAGCCAGAUCCUGUAGUCUUGAAGUAUCUAAGAGACACAUCAUUAAGAUUUUUAUUUUUUUUUUUGGAUGUUGUACAUCACUGUUCAUUGUAAAUGUGUAUCAUUGUAUAUCAGGACUAUCAGCAUAUCACUGCCUGCCCAUGUCUUCUCCCUCUACUGUGGUCUGUUCCAUGGGCACGAUGAGAGGAAUAAAAACUGUUGCACUUUUAAAACUCUCCUUUUGAAUAUUGUAUUCUUGCAUUUCUUUGUUCUGCUUUUUUGUUGUGUGUAGACCUUUCAAAUUUAAGAUGAUAAAAAAGGCAAAUUAUGUAUUUCUAAAGAGACAAUAGAGUGAAUGUUUUUGUUGUGGAGGAAGAAGGGAAAAACAGAGCUAUGAAAUAUUUUCCAUGGUACAAUAUGCGUAAUUCUUGGUAGUUAUUCUCUUUUACAGAUGUUAUACUUUUGCUAUAAUAUGCAUUGUGACAAUGUGCAUUAAGAAGAUUUAUAUUUCAAUAAAUGAGAUUUAAAAAUG